AUGAGGUGUACAGCAGAUAAGCCAGUGCCUGGCACAGUGCAGACCACGCUCCUGACGUCACGCCCCCUCAUUGGACCACGCCUCUCACUCGACCACGCCCUCAACAGCCUAGGCCACGCCCACGAGCCCGGCGAUUACAGCACCACUCGGGGCACCGUCUUCGGGACCACGCCGGGCGGAACCAGGAUAAUUUAUGAUCGUAAAUUCCUGAUGGAGUGCCGUAAUUCUCCGGUUGCCAAAACACCACCUUCUGACCUUCCGGACAUUCCAGGUGUUACCAGCCCAAUUGUGGAGGAGUUAAAGAUUGAGAACAACCAUGUCCAGAACUACGAUGAGAAAGCGAAUGUAGGUGAAGAAGAGCAGUUUGACAUGGACAUCUAAAGCACGUGCCCUGAGAAUGCUUCUCCAAUGAAGAACCAGGACCUUGUUUGAGGAUUCCCACCAGCCAGGCUUACAGCAGCCCAUGCCUUGAGUGCCUUCCUGUUUCUUGGGAAAGGCAGUUUAUUCCCUUCUGAGAACAGAGUAUAUCCUGUUACAAGGACUGAAUCUCAGCCUCUCUGUGUGGGUGUGAAUACACAGUGCAGUCCCUGCUGAUGAUGGGCCGUGGGGUGCCAGGGGAGACAGUCUCAAUGAUUGUUUUUGUUUCCAGUUUUAUGCUUUUGUUAAUCAUUUUAAUACUGUAAAAGUUACAGAAAUGCAAUAUAAGGGAGAAAUAAAUCAUUUUGACUCUCCUGGUAUGCAAUAAA